AGUGAAUGAUUAGCAGAUUUUUUUAUCAGGAAAUCUGUCCCUGACGGACCUCUUUGGUUCCUGCUGCGACAUUUAAUAGCUUUACUCGCUUCCUUCCACACCGAGAAAUCCAAGACUCGAGCCUCAAAUCUUAAUUCUCAGUCUCACAGGCUUUCGCCCAUGCACAGUAUUGCAAUGGAACAUCUAGAUAGUGGAUCAGACAGUGUCAGUCAAGUAGAAUUGACUGAACCACCUCUUAUAUGUGGACUUCCAGAUGACAUUGCUCUUCUCUGCCUAGCAAGAGUUCCUCGAAAGGACCAUACACAGCUCAAGUGUGUCUCAAAAAGAUGGAGAGACCUAGUUUGCAGUGAAGAUUGGCAUUCUUACCGCCGAAAGCAUAAACUCGAUGAGACUUGGGUUUAUGCACUGUGUCGAGACAAGUUUGAUCGGGCUUGCUGUUAUGUGUUGGACCCCAACUCAUCAAGAAGAUGCUGGAAACCCAUUGAAGGGCUUCCACCUCGCAGCUUGAAGAGAAAAGGGAUUGGUUUUGAAGUAUUGGGAAAGAAAGUAUACUUAUUGGGUGGCUGUAGUUGGUCUGAAGAUGCUACCAAUGAAGUCUACUGCUAUGAUGCUUCAAUGAGUUCCUGGAGUGAAGCAGCUCCAUUGUCAACUGCAAGGUGUUAUUUUGCUUGUGAAGUUUUAGAUGAGAAAAUCUAUGCAAUUGGUGGGUUAGAUUCAAAUUCAAGCAAUCCGCAGUCGGUGGAUAUUUAUGACCCGCAUACAAAUGAUUGGAAGUCUCAACCAGACCCAAAAAUUAUUCCUGAAAUUGAAGAUUCCAUAGUCAUGGAUAGGAGGAUUUAUACUCGCAGUGGCACUUCUGCUGUAACUUCUGAUGUGCAUGCAGUGGUUUAUGAACCAUCAAGUGGCAGGUGGCAGGAUGCAGAUGCCGAUUUGGUGUCGGGAUGGCGGGGACCGGCAGUUGUUUUGGAUGGGACCCUGUACGUAUUGGAUCAGAGUUCAGGAACCAGGCUGAUAAUGUGGCAGAAAGAAACCAGGGAAUGGGUGCCAGUUGGUAGGUUGUCACCUUUGCUUACAAGACCACCCUGCCAGAUAGUUGCUGUUGGGAAAAGCAUUUUUGUUGUGGGAAAGGGGCUGAGCACCGUGAUCGUCGAUGUUGGCAACGUGGGGAAUAUUGGUGGGGUAAUAAUAAGUUCUUCUAUACCGAAAUUAACUACUGAUGAUGAUGUAAUUAGCUGUAAAUGUUUAGCACUUUGAUUCUAUACGUGAAAGUGGUUAAAAUUAACUGUUGUUUGAUAAUCUGGAUAUAUUACGCUAUUUGGCGGCACAUUGGA